UUUAUUACAUGUACGCGUGAAAAUGCGGGGCUGCGAUGCUGUGGGGUUGAAGGCUUGCUACGUGUAACUAAGUUUUUUGAGGAAGUUUUGAGGGGCCAGAGAACCUGGACCGCAUUUUUACAAUAUGCGUCCUAAUCAGAAACAAGUUGUGAGGAUAUAUUGCCACCGACAUGCGUGUGUGCGAUGGCAGCAGCCAGGAGGUCUCAUUCAUUGAUCCGCCAACGCUAUGGACCAAGGUGGAAGGCUGAGAUCAUGGUGCGGGCUGGGCUGGAGCGAGAUCUUAAUUGCCCUCCUCUGCUUCCUCUUCCUCCACUACAUGAGGCAGCGCCAUAGGCCCUUCAUCAGCUGGCCCCUCCUCCGCGACCUCCCAGCCGUACUCAUCAACCUCCCCCACAUCCACAACUGGAGUGCUGAUGUUCUCAGAGCGCUCGGCGGCACCUUCACCGUCCGUGGUCCGAUCCUCACCGGCAUGCGCAUCGUUGCCACCUGUGACCCCUCCAACAUGGAGUACGUCCUCAAGACUCGCUUCUCCAACUUCCCCAAAGGCCCGGACUUCCACGACAUUUUCCGGGAGCUCAUGGGCGCCGGCAUCUUCAACACCGACGGCGUCGACUGGCAGGGCCAACGACGGAUGGCAAAUACGCAUGUACAUUCGAAAGCCUUUCGAAUAUUUGUUGAGAAGAAGAGUCGUGAGCUCACCUUCAACAACUUGGUGCCUAUACUCCGCCAAGCGGCUGAAGAGGGGGCGGUGGUCGACUUUCAGGACCUCAUGAUGAGAUACACGAUGGACACGACCUGCGCUGUCCUGUUUGGCGAGGCUAUCGGUUGCCUUGCGCCGGAGCUCCCGCUCGUGCCCUUUGCGCAGGCUAUGGAUGAGGCCAUGCAGGCGGUCAUGGUGAGGCACAUCCUGCCGUGGUGGAAGCUGAUGCGCUGGCUGGGCCUCGGCAAGGAGGCCCGACUAGCCCAGGGCGUGCGCACCAUGGAUGAGUUUGUGGCGCGUCAGGUGGUGCGUACACGAGGCAGAGGCAGCGGUGGUGGCGGAGACCUGCUUUCGAUCUUCGCUAUGGAUGGUGCCAUCGGGACUGAUAACAGAUAUCUGAGAGACGUCGCGGUGAACUUCUUGAUAGCAGGGCGGGACACAACGGGGGCGGCCCUGGCAUGGUUCUUCUGGCUCGUGAGCACGCACCCUGAGGUCGAGGCCAAGAUCUUAACCGAGAUCAAGGAGAAGGGCACCAAUGACCUGAGCGAGCUCCACUACCUCCACGCCGCCUUAUCCGAGACUCUACGUCUCUACCCCUCGGUGCCAUUAGACCACAAGGGAGUUCGAGAAAAGGAUGUUUUACCGGAUGGCACCACAGUGGAACCAGGGACGAUGCUCGUGUACAGUAUCUACGCCACGGGGAGGAUGGAGUGGAUAUGGGGAGAAGACUGCCUCAGGUUUAAGCCGGAGAGGUGGCUCGGAGAAGACGGAAAGCUCAGAGCAGAGAGCGGUUUCAGAUUUCUGGCCUUCAAUGGAGGGCCGAGGACCUGCCUUGGCAAGGAGGUGGCCUUUGUGCAGAUGAAAUGCGCCGCUGCCGCGGCACUAAGCUCGUUCCGACUGGAGGUGGUGGCAGGGCACAGGGUUUCGACGAAGCCAUCAGUGAUAUUGGUCAUGAAGGAUGGCCUCAAAAUGAGAGUCACGGAAAGGCUGCCGGGAGUUGCAGGAAAACUGGUUUUUCCGGCGGGUUGAGGCUGAUUCCGGCGGUAAAUGUAGGGACAAAUAAUUUUCUACUCUCCAUGUGAUAUGUGUCCAAGGGAAUGUGGUUUUGCGGAUUGGUAUUCAGCCGUGUGCCUUUGUUUUUAGUGUUCUUCAAAACGUAAGUGCAGAAAGCGAUGCAUGUUUGUUUUUAGUGUUCUUCAAAAAGCAAGUGCAGAAAGCGAUGUGGUGACUUAUUUGA